AUGGGUGCCUCAGAGUCAAAAUUGGUCUUUAAACAAGGCAUCUUCCGGCUCUCGGAGCAGGCAAACAUCCCUCCAGACGAUCAGUACUGGACGGGGUUCUGGGAGUUGCCCGAGUCGGUCGAAGAUGUCUUCAGUCUAUUCUCUCCCGCCGACAUACGGCGGACACGCGAUAAUUCCUUGUCGAAUUUAGAAACACUGCUACUCGCCAUCUGCUCCCGCCUGGUUGCACUACGACAUCAUCCAUCGUUCCCUGAUCUCGAACUCGCGCCUGCAAGAGAUGCGCUGAAUUGUAUCCGUAUCCUCACAAGACUGCUGCCAUAUGUGUACGAAGCCGAUAACCUGGAGGAGUGGGAAGAUGAGUUCUUCUGGAGGCGCAGGCGCAAGAUGUCUCGCAAGGCACAGCUUUCGUCUCGGGUGCUCUUUGACGAAUCCCGCGGCCAGGAAGACGACGAUGAAGAAGGAGGAGGACAGAUCGGUCGGCGAGGAUUGUCAGAGGAGGACUUUGAAGAUGUGAAGCCACUUGCUGAGGAAUUGUUGGAUACGCUUUUGGACCUGCUUUUCUUCAGCGGAUUCACGAUACCGCAGGUUCCUGCGUCAAAGGGGAAAGUGGUUUAUUCCAUAUGGCAGAGUGGUGUAGGGUGCAACACCGCAAUGGGUUCGAAUAAGGAGCUUGAGAGCAAUAGGACGGAGGUGUUGAGGUUGUUGCUUACCAUGACUGGCCAGUCUAUGUACAUGCAACCAAGCCUAUUACCAGUGAAGGGAGUGAAAUCCCUCACAUACCUGGUUACCUGUGGUAAUAAGAAACUGGUCAUGUCACUGCUUUGCUCCCUGCUAAACACGACAAUUAAAUAUAACCCUACACCAUGGCGGUUACCAUACGACCAUGUGGUUUGGAAAGACCCCAAGCAGAUCCUCGUCAUAUACUGUCUACAAUUCCUCCUAGCUCUCCUUCUUUACCCUAUCCCGGAAGAUGGCCGGGGUAGUCUACCUAAGAAUUACUACCGACAUUUCCUUGGACGCCUGCAUCAGCCUCAGGAUUUCCAAUUCCUAGUCGAAGGAAUGACUAGGAUAUUGAAUCAGCCGAUGCAAGCAACGUCUUCCUACCUACCAGGAAGCCAGAAAUCCGUAAAAUGGGCACCAGAAAUGCUCAUGCUAUUCUGGGAAAUGGUCCAGUGUAACAAGCGGUUCAGGUCGUUUAUCGUGGACUCUAACCGUGCCCAUGAUUUUAUUAUCAUCUGCAUCUUCUACGCUAUAGAGUACAAGACUGACCCGUCCAAGAAUGGCCUGGUCAAGAUGUGCAUCUUCCUGCUUCAGACGCUGAGCGUGGAGCCGAACUUUGGCAAGAAUCUGUUCCGGAAGUUCGAAGCUCAGGAUACCCUUCCACCCAGCAUUCGACUAGAGAAUUUUGGGGGCACUUAUGGUGACUUCUUGAUCAUUUCUAUUCAUACACUCAUUACCACCAGCAAAGGGAAACUAGACGCCGUAUACCCAGCGCUACUUGCCAUCAUCAACAAUGUGGCAGCAUAUGCCCAGCGACUCUCUCCCGCAUGUGCUUCCAAGGUUCUUCAGUUGUUUGUUUCAAUGUCUGCUCCAAGCUUCCUAUUAGCCAACGAAACGAACCAUCUCCUCCUGUCCUCCCUCCUUGAAUUCAUAAAUACUGUCAUAGAACACCAAUUCAGCAAAAACGCCUAUCUCGUUUAUGUCAUACUCAAGUCCAGACGUCGGUUCGAGUCUUUACGUGCGUUCACCUUAGAAAGCGGCCAGCAGGAAAUAGAGCAGCAGAAUCAACUACGGAAAGCCACGUCUAGCUCUAGCGGUGAUCGCACUCAUUCCAGAGACGAUGACUCUCAUGAAGCAGGAAGCGGAAGGCGACCUCUAAGUCAUGUCCCUGAAGAAGAGGAUGAGACCUUCGCAAUCGGGGACGACGAUUCUGACGAAGAGGGAGACGGUGACCAGUCGGCCUCUCAGCUCACUUCUCCCGCAGCCGAAAGCUUCCGCUCACCUCCUAUAUCACCACUAGACGAGUCAGUACCUCUUCAGCUUCGAGGGUUAUCUGAAAAGGCACGAGGCAAGAUGCCUGCAGGCCAGCCGACGUUUUCGCGUCAGAAUAGCAUGACGAGUCUGAGCAGCUAUGCACCCACUGGCACUGCAAAUGCUCGUGGCUUUACCCCAACAUCUUCAUGGAUUGAAUCUUGGGUCCCCGAGCUUCCCCUUCACACCAUUUUAACCAUCAUAUCCUCAAUAUCACAUCGCAUCCCAGCAGCCGCACUGGAAUCGUCAGUAAGUCCAGAAGCUCGCACAUUAAUAACAGAGCUCCCAUCCUUUGCCGCAGCUCCACAGAUCAGAGCGAUACUAGCAGAACCAUCCCCCAUCCGCGUACAUAUGUUUGAAUGGUCACCUCUCUCCCUCGGCUGGUACGAGUCGCUUCUCUGGGGUUUCGUCUUUGCCAGUGAAAUGGUCGUCGGAUCUGCCGCCAGCUCAACGCCAGGUACCGUUGGCGUCUGGAACGGGACAGCCAUCAAAUUAUUCAGAGUACAGGAGACGGCGGCGCAGGGGCCAACGCUACUUGCUCCCAAGGGCGCAGUUGAUGCCGUGGGUAGCAGCCUGGUACAGCGCAUUGGGAGUCUAAAUAUUACAGGUCGGAAUAGCAGCGCCAGCCAGGAGGGCCGAGAAGAGUCAACGAACGUCCGAGUGAGAGAGGUCUAG